UCAAAUUGCUUGAGGUCUUUACGAUGUUGGUCUCUGGUUUACAUUUUCCUAGAGUAUAUACCUGUUGUGUCACUCGUAACUCUAUUGUCGUAAAUCAAUAUUACCAUUGUAAUGUUUGGACCUCCCUUUUUGUUUUCUUCUUUAUAUUUAAGAUAGACCAUUAUUAAAUGUAUCAAAUGUUAUAUAAUCACCGUUCAUUUGAAACGAAUAGCUUGUGUCAUUUAGUGUAUGUUAUCCCUUUAGUGUGUGGCAGUCGGGCGAGGCAGCGCAAUGUCACGUACUACCUGGAUGAAGUGUGUAAACUCCACAUCGGUGGCAACAUGGCGAAGGAAGAUUUCAAGCCAUACCUGAAAAAACACGGAAGUUCGAUGGAAGACGCGACGAAUGAAUGGCUUAAUAUAAGUAAAGCUGCUCUGCAACAGUGGCCUGGUAAAGAAGAGUUCAAACAUGAAUGUCCAGUUACAAAACAGCAAUUGAAGACUGUGAAGAAGAUGAACGCAUUUCCUGUCAUGUACUUUUUGGAAUAUCUUGAGAUUUUGAAGGAGAUCGAAGACGAGAAGGUUUGGACAAUGCUGUUUCACACCUGUGCUGACAAUAACGAAAGCCUGACGCAGAUCAACAAGUCCAAAACUCACCUAUGUUAUUUGCUUCGUGGCAUCGGAAGCCUGGCAGAUACCAAGGCGAACAGCCAAAGUUUGGAGAUAAAUCUCAGUACUGACAUAGUAAAACGAUCUAACAUCACGAUAGCCAUGGGAGGUAUGGCGAAGUUCGGAGCGUGUAUUGGAAAGAAAUCUGUUAUCAAAUGUACGCGGGGGUUGAAAUUAUUCAAGGGGUGCAGGAGGAAGAACAAGGGGGAGGGGAAAAGGAGACGGGGGAAAGGAAGGAGGGGAAAUAAACAUUAA